GCUGUACAAGAGGCAAGCACCAUUUGCAGCAGGGGUCCUAUCAUGGCCUAUGCUGCCACGUGUCAGCAGGACGUUGAUUUAGAACGGGUUUUUGUCGGUUCCAUCAAUUUCUGCCCAGCUCGGCUCACUCCCAACAAGGACCUCGCUCAGCAGGUGGAGACCACCCUACAUGAGACAAUCCAUGCCCUGUUAUUUAACACGCCAACGUUCCAGUUCUUUCGUUACCCUAAUGGGAGCCUGAGGGUGAAGAAAGGUGAAGAUUAUAUGAGGGGCAUCAUUUUGAGGUCAGUCUAUGAGCCAGAAAUGGGAUGCAACGUCACUGUACUGGUGACCGAGACGGUUGUGGACGUGGCUCGCAAGCAUUUUGGCUGUCCCACAUUGAUCGGCGCCAGGAUCGACGGUGGAUGUCAGAAAACAGCCCUGGGAAGUCAUUGGCACAGCAGAGUUCACCAUGAGGAUAUAAUGGUACCUAAAGGACGAAUCUAUAGGAUGUCUCAUGCGGAGUUAGAUGAGCUUCGCCGCCAGCUCAAGGAGCUCACAGAGAAGGGAUGGAUUCGGCCUAGUACCUCCCCUUACGGCGCUCCAGUCUUAUUCGUACCGAAGAAGGGAGGUACCUUGAGGAUGUGCAUUGACUAUAGGGGCCUCAAUGUCAUCACCGUUAAGAACGCGGAGCCCCUACCCCGCAUCGACGACCUCUUGGAUAGAGUGCAGGGAUGUCGGUACUUCACCAAGAUAGACCUUAAGUCCGGAUACCAUCAAAUUGCUAUUAGGCCUGAGGAUCGGCACAAAACCGCAUUUCAGACCAGGUACGGUCUGUACGAGUUUGUGGUGAUGCCCUUUGGACUAUGCAAUGCACCUGGUACGUUCCAGCACGCGAUGAACAGGAUUUUUCACGACUACUUAGACAAGUUUAUCGUCGUGUACCUCGACGAUAUUCUCAUCUUUAGUAGGACUAUAGAGGAGCACACUGAGCACUUGAAAACAGUGCUAGGUCUCCUAAGACAGCACCAGUACAAGGUUAACUUGGAGAAAUGCGAGUUUGGUCGCACCAAGAUCUUGUACUUGGGUCAUGAAAUCUCAGCAGAUGGACUGAGGCCGGAUGAUGCCAAGGUGGCCAGCAUACGUGACUCGCCCAGACCUUAGACUGUUACUGAGGUCAGAUUGUUUUUGGGGAUGACGGGCUACUAUCGUCCGUUUGUGAAGAACUAUAGUACCAUAGCUUCCCCAUUGACG